AUUAACCCGGAAGGGACUGCCGUAACUUGGAAAUAAAAUUUAGUUACACGUUUUCUUUGCUGCUAAUCCGUUUACUCUUUAUUACAGCGUUUUAACUGUUUAAGCUAUGCAUCGCAUGCUGUGUCUCUUUAAUGUAGAGGGUUUCUUCGGCGGUGUUAAGACGUAAAGAAGACUGGAAACGCUCAGUCCUCGGGAAGGAGUGACUUGCGUCCUAAGAGGAACUGUCAUUUGAACAGAAAGGCGGGCUGCUCGCGGAAGGCUUUUUGGAAAGAGCGCGACAUUCCUCCCGCGUCACAAAUCCCGCAAGCGGUGCAUCCUGAGCGACAUGAAAAUGGAGGAGCAAACGAAAAGCCAAGAGGUACAGGACGAAAACCAGCCACCUGAUGCUCCCGAUCUGGGAGAUGCCGGUGUCGCCGAUAAGGCACGUGGCAAUGUCGAUGGAUCUUGUGAUAAGUCAAAAGACACAUGUACUCCAGCUAGAAGCGAGUUCAGUGAUCCUGUUUAUAAAGAGAUAGCUGUGGCUAAUGGCCACAUCAACAGAAUGACUAAAGAUGAACUUCGAGCAAAGCUGGCUGAAUUAAAGCUUGAUACAAGAGGUGUGAAAGAUGUUUUGAAGAAGAGGUUGAAAAGUUACUACAAGAAACAAAAACUGAUGCAAACAGCUUUGUGUGAAAGCAGCAACAUGGACACAUAUUAUGAUUAUAUUUGUGUUGUGGACUUUGAAGCUACUUGUGAAGAGAAUAAUCCUGCUGACUACCUCCAUGAAAUUAUUGAGUUUCCCAUGGCCCUCAUAAACACCCACACUCUGGAGAUUGAAGAUGUAUUUCAGGAGUAUGUGCGACCAGAAGUUAAUACUCAGCUGUCUGAUUUCUGUAUUCAGCUAACUGGAAUCACACAGGAAACUGUGGACAAUGCUGGUACAUUUCCAGAAGUACUUGAGAAGGUAGUGCACUGGCUUAAACAGAAAGAGUUGGGAACCAAAUACAAAUAUACUUUUUUGACUGAUGGGUCUUGGGAUAUGAGUAAAUUCUUAAAUAUACAAUGUCGGAUAAGCCGAAUCAGAUAUCCUCAAUUUGCCAAAAAAUGGAUAAACAUUCGAAAAUCAUAUGGUAACUUUUACAAGGUCCCCAGAACACAUACAAAGUUGACAACCAUGUUGGAGAAGUUGGGUAUGAAGUAUGAUGGAAGGCCCCACUGUGGCUUAGAUGACUCAAAAAACAUUGCUCGAAUUGCCAUCCGAAUGCUUCAGGAUGGCUGUGAACUGCGUGUGAAUGAAAAGAUGCAUGCAGGGCAGCUGAUGAGUGUGCCUUCCACUGCCAGGUUAGAGGGUGCUCCGGUACCUCACCCACCCUGUCUCAGGCCCUAGCCUGUGCUCCUGAUGAGGACGAGAUCUUGACAAGUGGUAUCAACAUUUCUUGCAAUGAACAUUAAUGGGAGACCCGAAAAGAAAAACUUGAAAUACGCAGACGGAACUUUCCAAGUGUUGUGCUUCAUUUGCCUGGAGCAAAAAAUUAUAAUUGGUUAAGUAGCUAUUAUUUACAAAUGUUUUUGGAUUAGUUUGCAGUUCUACAUCAUUUGUAUAAUUUUUAUUUUACUGGAUCAUGAUCUACUUGAAAUUUAGUUUUUCAGUAGCUGCUAGAAUUAUUCAGCACUGCAGUACUUUUAAGUUCACACCUCUUGUAUUUUGUGUACAGCAAGUACGUCUGGUUACAGUUGUAUAAUCAAUAAGGGGAUCCGCUUUUAUUUAAACUGUUUUAAAUUAACAGUUAUGGCAUACCUCCUUUUUAAAUAGAAUUCUUGAAAUUUUUACCUUAAUGUUCCAAAUUUUGAAGAUUUCAUUUUAUAUUUGCUUGCAGAAUCAGUUAUAAAAUUUGUUAAUUGAGUUUUUUUUUUUUGAGGUUAAACAACAGUGUCUGCUAAAACCACCUUUCAUGUUUUUGAUCUCAUUGUAAAUAUUCCCACUGUAUCUGCUAUGUGGGCCACAUUAAAAUGUUUUUAGGAAGAUGUCUUUUAACUGCAGGGAUGACAAAUUGUUUGCAUUUUCAUUUGCUUACACAAGCAUAUGCGCUUUUAAUUAUUCAUUUUAACUUGGUACAGAAUAUUUUCUAAAUAAAGGAUAUGCAACCAAGUUGAAGCUUUUAUUGUACCAAGAUAUUUGUACUCUAAAAUUAUUCCGAUUUUUCAAUUUUAUAUUAGUUUAAAGAUUAAAAUAUACGUCUAUAGAUGCAAUCCUAAAUUUUAAUUUGGGACAAAAUGCAAAAAUGUGGAAGGUAGUGUAGCACUAUAUAAAAUUAAAAAAAAUCACAGAACAUGAAGAAGGAAGUAAUGGUCCAGAUGUGAUUUAAAAAAUCUUGACAUUGUUUACUUAAAGAAAUGUAUUUCAUUUUGAUGAAUCCUUAUGUCAAGCACUUUAAAUGAGUACGUUUUCAAAAUGUAUUUUUCUCAGAAUUUCGUAACUUCUGAGGCUAAUGACAUUCUUUAUAAAAAGAGGGAUAGCUUCAUUCCUGUCAUAGCUUCAUUUGUCUUUUUCAGUUUUGAAGAUUUUGGUGCUCAUUCUGAUUGAAUAAAUGGUUAUGUCCAUGUUGAAAGGUCUGUCUUUUUAAAUUUCUAAUGGAAAUACUGAACAUGUUCAUAAUACUACUCUGUUAACCAAGCUACUCUGCAAACCAGUGUGUCAUUGAAAGAUACGUAUUUUAUGUUAGAGACGAGUUUCUGUUCUUUUUUGUUACCUGAAAUAUUAAUCCCAUUUUAAGACGUCCAUCAGCCAAUUAAGCAGUUAAUUAGCAUGUGCAGUAUUAUAACUAGUUAUGUAUAGUUUAAACGCAAUGUCGUGUUGGCUUUGUUCACUGAAGCUGUCUCUGUUAGAAUCUUUAGACCGUCUUCACUUAUCAUUUGUUUCCUAUCUCCUAGUGCCUUGUUUUUUGUCAGCAGUAUCGGUCUUUACAUUUUAGUUGUUUCUUUGUGUGUGUGUGUGUGUGUGUGUCAUAGUUCCCUCCCCACAUCUAUUUCAAUAAAUGAAUAAUUUUUGCUAAAUAAAUCUUAAAUGAAGUUGACUUUAUUCACUCAAAGAGAAAUAGUUUAAGAUUCUUAAUGUGCCAAGGUGACUGAACAAUUUAAAAAUACUUUGGCAUAGUAGUUAAGUCUUUGGACUUCAAAUCCUGAGGUUGUUGGUUCAGAUCCCACUACUGACACUGUGUGUCCAUGAGCAAGUCACUUGACCUGCCUGUGCUCCACUUGGAAAAGUGAAGAAAUGGAAGCAAUGAUAACUCAAAUGUUCUACAUUGCCAUGGAUAAAGGCAUCAGCCCACUAAGUAAUUGUACAAUGGCAUGCAAAAGUUUGGGCCCCCCCUUGCUUUAAAUGUCUGUUACCGUGAAUAUCUAAGUAAGCAGAAGAUGAACUACUUGCCAAAAGGCAUAAAAUUAAAGAUGACAAAUGUCUUUUCGGCAAUUUAUGCAAGAUUAGUGUAUUGUUUUUGUUUUAUACAGUUGCACAGUGAAAAAAGGAAAGGAGCACCAUGCAAAGGUUUGGGCACCCCAAGAUAUUUGAGGUCUCCAAUAACUUUUCCCGAUGUCUCGGACGCUAAUUAACUCAUUAGGGCUAUGAAUUGUUCACAGAGACAUCAUUCAGAAACCCCAGGUGAUGCAAAUUGCAAAGCUGUACAAAUUCUCUGACUCCUCGAACCUUGUCCCAGCAGUCAGCAUCCAUUUGCUCCUCAAAGUAAUAAUAAGUAAAGUAAAAAUAAAGGAACUGAUGUUUACAACGCUGGAGAAGGCUACAAAAAGAUAGCAAAGCGUUUUCAGGUUGCUGUUUCCCUCCGUUAGUAAUGUUAUUAAGAAAUGGCAGUUAACAGGAACAGUGGAGGUCAAGAAAACUUUCUUAAGGGACUGCACAUUGGAUUGCUACAAUGGCAAAAACUUCAGUUUGACUACAAAAGACCUUCAUGAAGAUUUAGCAGACUCUGGUGUGGUGAUGCACUGUUCUACUGUGCAGUGAGACCUGAACAAAUAUGACCUUCCUGGUAUGGUCAGCAGAAGAAAACGUUUCCAGCUGCUGAAUUUCAUAGCUAGAAUGCAGAAAAGAAGUCCUGUCCACUGAUGAAGUCAAAUUAGAAUUUUUUGGCCACAAUGUGCAAAGGUCUAUUCCAAGAAAAAAGGGUAGGGUACCUAAUUCCAGGAAAUGAACAUGUCUCAAGCGGUUAAGCAUGGGGGCGGAUUAAUCCUGCUAUGGGCUUGUGCUGCAGGUAGUGACACAGGGAACAUGUCAUUGAUAGAUGGAAGAAUAGAUUCAAACAAAUAUCAGCAAAUUCUGGAAGCAAAACUCACGCCAUCUGUAAAAUAGUUGAAGUUAAAAAGAGGAUGGGUCCUACAACAAGAUAAUGAUCCGAAGCACACCUCGAAGUCUACAAUGGAAUAUUUGAAAAAGGUGUAAGCUGAUGGUUUUGCCAUGGCCUUUUACAGUCACUUGACCUAAACAUUGAAAAUCUGUGGAGAGCUCUCAACAGAGCAGCGCAUGCAAGAUGGCUCAAGAAUCUUGCAGAAUUAGAAGCCCUUUGCAAGGACAAAUGGGCGAAAGUAAUUGAAAGACCCUUAGCUGGCUACAAAAAGUGUUUACAAGCUGUGAUACUUGCCAAAGAGGGUCUUACUAAGUACUUACCAUGUCAGGUGCCCAAACAUUUUUGCUUCGGGCCCUUUUCAUUUUUUUUGAUAUUUUGUACUUGUGAAUAAUGGAAAUUUUAAAAUGUAAUCUUGCUUAAAGUAUUAAAGAAACAUGUCAUCUUUUACUUAAUGCCUUUUGGUGAUCAGUUCAUCUUUUGCGCACAUGUCUAGUCCCCGUAACGGGUGCCCAAACUUUUGCAUGCCACUAUAAAUGUGAUGUAGUAUAAAUUGGGCAUUGCUUUUUUUUCUCCGACACACUGUUAAAAUGACAAGGUGUAUAAUGUUUCUGUUUUACAAUAUUGUUUUUUGCUUUAUUUAAAAUAUAUAUAUUUCUAACCCUGACUUCUUAUUUAUUUGAAGAAUGAAAACACCUGAAUCAUGACCUUCUAGUUUUGUUUUUUUUGUUUUUUUUUUUAUAUUUCCAGUGAAGUUGUAACAACCAGUAUUUUAUCAUAGUUUUGUCUGAAGAUAAAAAUACACCAAGCCAUGAUUUAGUUCUGCAUAUCAAUUUUAUUGAAGGGACAGGGGGUGCAGUAUAGGUAAGGCAAAUGAGGUCCUGUUUGUACAUUUCUGUACACAUCUUUAUUUAAAUGCUAGCUUUACUGCAAGUGUGCUUAUUGUUUCAGGACUUUAAGAAAGAGAAACAGGUAAGUUCCUUCAACUUGUGUUUAAUAAAUAAAGACUACAUUUACAUCGAAUGUUUUAACCAGCAUGAAAAUAAGCAAGCCUGUGUCUGUUUCCCUUUAAUAGAUAUUUUCCACUGGAUUCAAUGGUGCGAACGAAGAAUAGCCCUGUUCUUGCUUCGAGUUUCAUAAAACAGUCCGAUUAUUCAACUAAAGGUCUGGUGGCUGAUGCUGAACAGGUACUGUAUUGGAUUUGAUAUUGUAAGUCCCUGAUGCUGCUGGGUUUUUUUUUUUUAUCCCACAGUCCAGAGACACUUAGGCUGGGUGAACUGGCUUUGUUAAAUUGUUUUAACUGAGAGAGUGUGUGUGUGUGUGUGUGUGUGUGUGUGUGUGUGUGUGUGUGCGUGCCCUGUUAUGGACUGUUCCUGCCUUGUGUCCAAUACUUGGUGGGAUAUGCUCCAUCUUCACCACGACCCUACUUGGGGUAUUGUAGGUUUGGAAAAUGGGUGGAUGGAUUCUCUGUAGUGACAUAGCCUUUCAAAAUGUAUUUGACACUGUGCACUUAUGAGGAAACUGUGGAAAAUCAAAAGUAUAUAUGCAAGUCAAUUCAUAGUAAAACUUUUAAAUAUCAAUCACUUUUAAUUCUUAUUCUGAAUUGGUUUCUCUAAAAAAAUUCUAUUCUCGGUUUAGAUGUCAGUAUAUUUCAGACAUUAUCAUAAAUGCAGAUAAUGGUAAUAGUGUAAGUACUUUUCUGCUGAAGUCUUCUCAAUUAUGACUUGACUUCAUUGAACUUAAUCCUCACAAUUUAAGACUUGAAACUUGAAGGUCAGUCUUGCAUAUGUUUGAUGUAUUCCCAUCUCUGCUAAAAUGUUGAGCAAGCAGGCUUAGUAAAUAGGUAGGUAGGUAGAUGGAUGGAUUUUCCCCAUGACAGAUGUGAGGUGUACUCUGUGAAUUUGGUGUAAUUUUUUUUUUAUUUUUUUUUUUUAUGAUGCAUUAUUCCCUAACCUGCCAUGUGAUAAGCUAUUGACUCCAGACACACAAAUCUAUAUGGCCAUUUUUUACUUUUCUAUGCAUGUGUGACUAAGUACCAGCAGAGCAGAACUUUUUCAUACAUAGUUCUUUACUGCAUCAUAUAUAACAUUUUCAAAAUAACUAAAUAUUUUGCCAAUGGCUGUACAUCUAGUGAAAGGCGUCAUCUCUUCCAGCUUUGUUCCAUGCAUAGAUAACCUGAUCGCUGCUUUUGUUUUUUUCCUUUGGUAAGCUUCUUGUUUUGUUACCAGUCAGUUGAAUUAUGGGAUAUUAAGUCAUCUCAUGAUUACUCCUAUUACAUCAGUUCAUCCUUUUAGAAAUUAUUUACUAGAAAUCUGCAUAACAUAUAGCCUCACAGGUAUCCUAAUACUCUACUAGGAUUGUCCAAACCUUUAUAUGAAAAUAAAAUAUUGGGUUGCAGGCCCAGGGUAUCCCUGAGCUUACAUGGCAUAGAAGACGUGGGAGCUCGGCCUUCACGAUGCUUUAACCAUGGCUUCAGUCGUAGCUAUAAGAUGACACAAACUGAUGAGCGGCUGGCUCCUUUGGUGGUGGUUUGUUGUUUUACUGUGCCUUCCUUGUGAUCACUAUUUUGGUUUAUCUUCUCCUUUUCAACACCUGUAAUAAAAGCAAAAAAGAAGCACUAAGACACUGUAACAAAAAAUGAAAUAGCAGAUAAUCCCACUUUAUUUUGAUCAGUUAAAUUAAAAACAAAAAAAAUCAUUUUGUAACUGCUUUUGCCAUUGAUAUUAAAGCACUUAUCCCACUGCUGCCACCUAAAUUAAAUAAAGACUCAAUUAGCAUAAGCUUCCCUAAUUCAGGGUGUUCAUUCUUGAUUUUCUUCAUGAGGUAGAAAUGUGUGAUAAACGAGAAUAGUUGUCAGAUAUUUGAAGUACUAAAAUGUGUUAAAUAUUCUUAAUUGUAAUAGAAAUGCUUAAUUUUUCACUCUGUGACAGAGGUCCAUCGCAGGCUAGAGUCUACUAUAGGAUAAAAAUCAAAAACAUCACAUUCAUAAUUACUGACCUUGAAAUAGUUCUAAAACAAUACCCCACAUGCUUAUUUGUGAAAUUUGUCGUUUUCAACCUUCUGGCAAGGCUCUUAGUGACCUGUGAGCACCAAUAAAAGGUCAAAUAUCAAAAGUAUGAUCAUUUUUGUGAUCAGAAACUUUGUAAUGCCAUAAAACGGCACUCCACUCCACAUACCUACAUUACCAGUCCCAAUUUUUUUCCAAAGUUUUGAGAAAAGGAGUCCUUUUGACCCCUCAUAUCCUAGUAGGGGUUGUGGCAUGCACAACCUCAAGUGCUACUGAUCAUUUUUUGCUGAAGACACCUAUUGGUUUACUCAUUUAUCAUACAAAUGUAAUUUCCUGCACUAACCUAUGUUGUAAUGAGGUUUUUCAAGUCUAGAGGGUCAAUAAUAAGGAUAAACCCAAAAAAGCUUGAUGUCUCACAUAACUAGACAUCAAGAAGAGUUAAGCCGGAUAUAAUGUGGAUUUUGUCAUGCCUUUGAUUGAGAAGUUGCAGGGCAAAAAAGAAAAUAGAAGUGAACUCAAUUAACGGCUAAAGCUGCUGGGAUAGGCUUUGGCUUCCAGCAACUCCAAACUAGUUUGAGCAGUUUUGAAAAUGUUUGAUAUGUUAUAUAUAGAAGACAAGUUUCAAAAAUAAGACACCCAUCUAGCUUGUUUGGAUAGCUAAGCGCUAAGUUGCCCCAGUAUCUCUUCCAAAUGGUUUUAAAUGUCACUUUUUCUUACUUAAAUGUCAUCUGCAUUAAAGUGCUAUUCCACUACUGAUGCCAUUUUGAGAUUAAUAUCCACUAAAAGUUGUCAUCUUUUCCAUAUUCCACCCUGAAACUUAGCCCUGACUAUUCUAGUAGCUGCUCAAGAAGGUUCCACUCACUGCAUUCAUCAGUGCUACAGGCUCAAUUCUGAACUCUGCUGUGCUCAUCCUCACUUCAGUUGUCUUUACCAUUUCUAGCUCUGAAUUCUAACCGAUUAUAAUUUCAUUAUAGAAGGCUUAUAAAAGCAUGGCAACAUCACUCAGUUGUUCAACAUUAUCAGUUCACUCAUUAACUGCCUCUAAAUAAUGCAGUUUAUGUGGUUUAUAUUAAUUUGAAUAUUAAAUAUGUUACAAUGUCAUGAUCUUUACAGAUUAUUUUUUUUUUCCUAAGUCAUGCAGGUUAGAUUGAUUGAUUAUUAAUUAGAUUGGGAUGAAAGAGUGUGCCCUGUGGUAGACUGGCACCAAGUUCAGGCUUGGCUCCUGUUUUGUGGAUGUCCCAGGCAUAGGGCACCUGUGUGUCUGAUUUAGAACAAACAUAUUUAGAAAAUACAUCAAUCAAUGAAAUGAUUACUUGGCCAAGUAAAUUAAUUGAUUAUUGAUUAAUACACUGUUCAUUCACUUGUUCAUCUCUUCAUACAGGGAAUGAUUGUUUAUCUGCAGAGUUAAUUUUAAUUCUCAUGUAAAAAUGUAACUGAUUGACUACUUCAUAAAUUAAUCUGUUAAUUGGUUGGCAUUGUUCAGAAUUAAUCUUCAUCGGUUUGUGACAAUCUUUAAUUGAUUGGUUGGUUGAUUGCCUUUUGGGUUAAUUUGAGUUGGUCAUCUGGGUUAAUUUUUUUUUUUUGUAAUUGUGUGAUAGUGAAUGUCAAGCUAUCUGUAGCGUGUCACGCAUGUGCGUCAGAGCGUCGCCCUCCAAGUUCCUGUCAGGUAUUUUGUACACUAUCUUGUCAUCUACUCUGAACUGUUGAGGAAGUAGAAACUGACUGACUGACUGACUCCGUCCCUUACCAGUCCAUGGGCCAUAAAAGCAUCACUUCUAACACAUGCGACCAGAGCGAAGGAGCUCCUCAAUCACAGUCAAAGAAGUGAUUGCACUUGUUCCAGCCACGUUUAUUUGGUGGUGACGGUUUUGCUUCAUUUUCACGCGAUCACGUGUUUUGUUUUUGUUUGAACCUUUAAAUAAAUGGGGACAGUCGGGUUGGUACCACAAAAUGUAUUUUCUGUUAAGCCUGUCAUUCCCUUAGACGGCCACAAGAGGAAAUCUCCAUUGUAUUUCUAAUAUUUAAACAUUAUUUUAAGUGUUUAAUUGAUCAACUAAUUGGUUGAUAUAUUGUUUGCAGCGUUUGUAGGAGUUUUCUGCCACGUAGCAAAGUAUUAGUUGAUUGUUGACAACUUAAAUAAAUUGACUGUUUUUAUUUUUUCAAUGAUUGGUUGACUGACGGACUGGUUUAUUUAUUGGUAUGAUUAAUCUUUUUUUUUUUUUUGACUAGCAUGUGAAAGUAUAAAUGAAUUGAUUAGUUCCCUGAUUGACUGCAGCAUUAAUCUCCAUUGGCUUUCUAAUGUGUGAAAUGUAAAAUCUUAUCCCGGUCUGAUACCUUCAUUGUGUUGAUGGUGUCCAGGACUUCCUUCUGAGUUUGAUGCUUGUCCAGCCUUAGGAGUGGGUGAUGUUUGUCCAGCCUUAGGAGUGUACACAUCUGUUUUUGAAUCCUCUGACCCAGGGUGUGUUUUGUUUGAGUUCACAGGCGAGUGGGCAACACCUACACCAGCAGAUAAAAGCAAACAUAUUGUGAAGGAAGCUUCUAUUGAAACUUACAUAUUGGCAUCUGAAUUCUGACACUUUGACACUAAGAAAAUUCUUCCUGAAGACCCUGAAUUCCUAAGACUGGGUGUGUCCUUUACUGGUUUGCUUAGAGCAGUGAAUUAAUGAAGCAAUUUAAGAAAUCCGGACUCGGGCUGCAUUGUCUCAUUGUUUGCGUUUACAAGACACAAAAUGUUGCUAUGGUGUGUUGAUUGCAGUUUUUAAAAAAAAAAAA